UAUAUAUAUAUAUAUAUACAUAUAUAUUUUUUUCUCAAUGAGAGAUUUGCCCUUAUCGCUUAACACGUGAGCUUCUGAUGGUUUGGUUCGUCUUUAUGGCACAGAAUCACUAAGCUUUGCCUUUCUGUCAGGUGUCUGGAAAAUUAGUCGUCAUCAUGGAGAGCAGCUCAACUUUGCUUCUUUGUCGUGGACAUAGAACAAGACAUCUCAGCACUAGCUCUAUCACAAUAGAUGAACCCAAUAUUCAGUGUUGUCUAUUGAAAAGCAAGGUUUUUUCUCUCUUCCUAGUCAUGAUAUUCAUUUAGGUUGAUUUUUAUUUAUUUAUUUAUUUAUUUAUUUAUUUAUUUGAUUGAUUAAUUUGUGUUCUUCCUUUGCUUGCUGUUUCAAUUUUAUUUAUUUAAAAAAAAUUAGUUCUCAGUCGUUGUUGUUGUUCUUGUUGUUGUUGUUAAGGACAUUUCUGUGAGAAGAUCGAGAUCCAACCAGGAAGGACCUAAUACCUGUUGUUGACUAUUCGGUAUUAUCCUUCAGUAACCCUUUUCAUUCUGUGUAUAUUUUUUUGGGUGUGAAUUAAAGUAAGGCAUUCCUGUGGACGGUGACAAAAUAUCGUCAUAAGGAAAUAUCAGAAUCGAUCGGUUCUGAUGUGCUGCAAGUGGGAGGUUUUUUUUUUUUUUUCAUUUUUUUUCUCCUGCAACAGGAAGUGAUCUGCGGCGUUGAGUGAGUCUUUUGUUGAGAAGGGUUCUCUCUCUCUCUCUCUCUCUCUCUCUCUCUCUCUCUCUCUCUCUGCGAGUGAGUCAUGCGUGUGCACAGAUCUGCCAGGCUGCAGAGCGAGAGAGAGACAUCUCCUUCAUAAAGCUCUUUUCUCCUCUAUCACCCAAACGCCAUCGCUGAAGAAGAUCGUCAACUUACUUCCCUCUAUUGUUCCGCCGUGGUGUUUUUUUCUUCUUCCUCUCAUGGAUUGUUUGAGUUGUGGUGUAUUUCUGGCCCCUGAGGUGGCCUAGCGUGUGUUGGUUGGGGGGGUGGGGGUGUUUCGUAGCUUUUGCUUGAACAGAUACUCAGCAUAGUCACCGCCACCACCGCCACCACUAGCACCACCACUGGUACCAUAGCUACAGCUCGGUGCUGAAAGGGAGCGAAGUAACAGGACGAAUACAGGCUUACUUGUAUUUUUCCAUCCGGGAGGCUUUUUUUUUGGCUCGGACAUGCCAGAGGAGCGGCCAGCGAGCACGGCGUCGCUUGUGCCCGUGCGCACAUAGGCACACGGAGCCGGGGGCAUGCUGCAGCGCGCCAAGUACAACCGCUUCCGCAAUGAGUCGGUGACAUCUGUCGACGAGCUGCUGCUCCACGGCCUUCCCAUGAACGCCAAGGUGCCUGCUGGCGCCCCGGUGCCUGCUCCGGAGCCGCCGUACGCACCCGCUGCUGAGGCCCCGCCCCCUGAAACGGCCGAGGACUCGGGCACUGCCCUGUGCACCCUCAUCAACAAGGUGUCCAGUCUUAAAUUCACCAACCCCUCCGGCCUGCUGGGCAUCAAAGGCCUGCCAUCGGCCGUCAAGGACCUGGCUGUGUCCAAACUUCAGGGAGGAGGGGGAGCAGGAGGAGGGUCCUCGGGUAGCCCGGCAUCUUCCUCCAGCCUCUCGGCGGCCACUGGGGGCAUCUCGUGCGCUUCUGCCACCUCUGGCCACCACGAGCCAGGCUCCAUGAGCACCGGGAAGAAGGGAAGGAUGGAGGAGGCGCAGCCUGGCGCAGAGGACUGGCAUGCAGGUGGUGUGGGUGGCACUGGUGGAGAAUGCGCAGGCCUGGUGAAUAAACCCUCAAGAGGAUGGCUGCACUCCAGCGACAAGAUCGCCGGACCUGGAGUGACGUACGUUGUAAAGUAUCUGGGCUGUAUAGAAGUGCUUCGGUCCAUGAGAUCCCUCGACUUCACCACAAGAUCCCAAAUAACAAGGGAGGCCAUCAGUUUGGUGUGUGAGGCAGUACCUGGCACCAAAGGAGCACUGCGCAAGAAAAAGCCCCCCUCCAAAGCUCUUUCUAAUAUUUUGGGGAAAAGUAACCUGCAGUUUGCUGGCAUGAGUAUCAACCUGAACAUCUCGAUCAGCAGCUUAAACCUAAUGACCCCCGACUCCAAACAGAUAAUAGCCAAUCACCAUAUGCAGUCGAUAUCCUUCGCCUCCGGUGGAGAUCCGGACACGACCGAUUUUGUUGCUUACGUAGCAAAAGAUCCAGUUAACCGCAGAGCAUGUCAUAUUCUGGAAUGUUCUGAUGGUCUGGCCCAGGAUGUGAUCAGUACGAUAGGGCAGGCGUUUGACCUGCGCUUCCAGCAGUACCUUCAGUGUCCGUCCAGCAAGCUGUCAGCUAUACACGAUAGGGUACUGAGUGUAGAGGAGCCUUCAUGGACCGAGGAAGGAGAGGAACCUCCUGAUCACUCGUAUUAUAACAACAUCCCUGGCAAGAUGCCUCCUCCUGGUGGUUUCAUCGAUGCACGGUUAACCAAUCAGACAGCAGAGAGCAGCCAGGGGGCUGGAGUAGACCAGACGUACUAUCAAGGCAGGCCUAUACUUGUCCAACAAGGAUCUUGUGACAUAUACAGUUUACCUGAGGUCAAAGGUCAGAGCCCUAAGUUGGGCGAGGUCCCUACAUACGUGAACACACAGCACAUCGAUCCACAGGUGCUGGCGGCGCUGCAGGGGGAAACUGAGGCAGCGUGUGAACCGUGUGGGGGCGCCACAGCCAAAGACAGCCCCAGGAAAGACCUCUUCGACAUGAAGCCGUUUGAAGAAGCGAUCGUGACCCGGUCCCCGUCGUCGUCAGUGUCCAUGUUGAAUAAGGCGUCGUCGGUGGAUAACUGCAGCCCGGUGCUGACACGCUCGGCCCUGCGCUCCCUCCCCGAGCUCGAGCAGCAGAGCUGGUACCACGGAGAGAUGAGCCGCCACAACGCCGAGAAACUCCUGCGCAAUGAUGGAGACUUCCUGGUGCGCAAAAGCACUACCAACCCGGGCUCGUACGUGCUGACAGGCAUGCACAACGGCCUCGCCAAACAUCUGCUCCUCGUCGAUCCAGAGGGCACGGUACGAACUAAAGAUCACAUAUUCGAAAGCAUCAGCCACCUGAUCGGCCAUCACCGCGACAACAACCUGCCGAUCGUCUCGGCGGGAAGCGAACUGUGCCUGAAGCAGCCCGUCGAAAGAAAACAGUGAUGACGUCCCUGCGUAAAAAAGUAAAUAAAUAGCCAACAAACCGCACAGGGGGGAAACGGGGAUCGACCCUGAAACCUGAUACUUGAAGACGAACACGAAUAACCGGCGCGCGAAGACGACGGUCGACGUAGUCGGUUUUGCAGCGACGCCCGCGUCCGAUCGCUUUCGGACCACGUGAAAGAGAUCCGCGCGUAUCAAGACCACGCCCGAUUUAUAGAACUGUUCUAAUUAUUUUGUUGUGAUGACUGAAAUUCUAUAUUUUUUGAGAAGACACGGGUAUCAUUUGGGCUUAUCGGUGUUUUAAACUCAAAAGGCAGAAUAUUUGGAAGACUACGAACUCUACGGGAGAUGAGAUUUAAAAAAAAAAAAAGAAAGAAAAGAAAGUAUUUUAGAAUAAGCGAAAAAAAGUUUUAGUUUUAUCUAUCAAGCACAACCGGAUUUACACGUUCGUCGGUAAGAGUUAGACGAGAUACAAAUAUUUGAGGAAAAAAAACAAAGUUGUUUAUAUCGAACUAUUUUAGAAACCGUUCUUUAACUCGCAGCUAGUGCCAGUGGCAGGUCGUUUGAUCCCAUCAAAUCAAUGAUGGGUCUGCUUUUAUGGAGGAAAAUAUCAGUGUAUUCGCUUAAACCGUAGACACACACUUGCACACACACUUGCGCACACACACGCACACACACACACACACACACACACACACACACACACACACAGCUUUAAAGUACUGACACUUUUCUAUGGUGUUGAAUCCUGUGGCAGCGCACUCGCAUGACUUGGAAAACAAAAAAAGAAAAAAAAAGAAAAACGUUAAUUGUUCUCGUGGUCAUCGUUUGUAGCCCUCAAAGCCCACUGACAGGUGCUUGUGUAUGCUGACGAUGUACAAUAUUUAUGCUUUUAUUCCGAAUAUUAAUGAUUGAAUUUGGUUCCUUCUUUAAA